UGGCUCGAGCGAGGCUCGCGCCACCAUCGCCAAAGCCGAACACCAGUGUUUCAGGCAAUCUCGUGGCUGUCGGCCCGGCGAAUUUUUUUUAAGCGGAUGGGCAAGGACGGUGAGGUGAAGAUGGUGCCCUACGUGCAGACUUGGCUCUGGCCUUCUGUCACCCUUGCGGGCUUCUCGUCCCUGUGCUUCGGCGUCUACAUCGGCAAAAUCACAAACUCCCACGAGUGGAAGGAGAUCUUCCUGGACUAUUGCCACCACAAGCGCACGCAGUACUCGCCCACCCCGCUGGACAAGAUUGCGCGCACCUGUAUGAACAUCCUGAAGAUUGCCCCGAAGUGACGCGGCGCUCUGUCUCGCCCAGCAGCGAGGAGGACCCUGCGUGGUCCUCCUCUGCCCUCUCGCUCGCCCCGCCCGGCCUCCACGUCGAGGUUGUUGGGUAGACCGGAGCAUGGCACGGUGCGGCCUCGUCGAGCAGCCGCGAUUUUGUCGCAGCCUCAAGCCCUAUCCUGCCUCCCAUUCGUCCUUGUCCUCCCCCUUGCCUCCUCCCUCCUCCGACCCCCCUGCUGCUC